GUUGCUAUCUUCAAUAGUGAAGAUUGAGUGACUCACCUGCAAGCGGAAACCAUAAAUAUACAUACUUUUUGUAGUGGAUGAUUAUCAAUGACAAAGACUUUGUUUCCAUGGCUUUUAACCCUGUGUAUUCACCUGUUUAUGGAGGAGGCACACUUGAAGUUCAUCUUGACUUGGAGCAGAUAAAUCUGGCUGAGGGCAGAUAUUUUGUUGUCUUUGAAGGAACCAGACGUAGACAUGUUGUGUCUGCUUUCUCUAAUCAACCAUUAAACACCUGUUUGUAUGCAUAUAUACCAGGUAAUGAUGUAGCCGAGGAUGUGCAUGUCACGCUGAUCCAGCUCAUCGAAGAGUCCAACACCUACCUUCCACUGGCCCAGUGCUACUUUCGCUAUGAAUACGACUCGACCUUCUAUCUGACCAAGUUCCUUGUCAGCAGCGUCUACAACGUCCAGGCCCUGGAGACUUUGGAGCUGAUUAAAAGUGACCGCUUUGAUUUAUCUAAUGAAGUCCUAUCCACCCUUGACACCCGGCUUAGCACCGCUUUGAGAAAUACCAACCUGACACGGGACUGGCAUUUACUGGGAGGCGAUUUAAUUACAGACACUCAUUGCGAAGAGCGAGAAACUUUGCUUCAUUUCUGUGCCAGACUUGGGCUAAGACAAGUGGCAGACUUUCUCUUAAACCAGCCCGGCAGUCAGGACGCUCUCAGAAUUUGUAACAAACAUGGGGAACUACCCUGCACAAUAGCCAGACAAAAUGGCUUCCAUGACCUGGCGGAAAUGCUCUCUGGAUACAACACUCAUGGAUUGGUAACAACGGACCACGACACGGUGGAGAUGGACAAUGCGGUACUGCGUAGCUAUGGCAACGGAAGCACGUCGCUGACGUCCUAUCUGGACUCCCCCAGCCUGGAGAGGAGCGUAGAAAAUGAAAUCAAUUUCCUGAAAGAGACAGAAGAUAUGAUCAGACUCCAGAGGGAGAUCCCAGGUACCCAGUACUACAACAGCGAGAGACCUCGGCCCAGGCCUCGGCACACAGGGGCUUCUCGAUCCAUGCCGACCUUGCCUUUAGAGCAAGAGAUCGAGGUCUCUCUAGAUCGUCUUCUACAGCAGCAGAUCAUCCACUGUAACACGAGCCAGUCUUUUCUGCGGACAUCCUCCCUCCCUGCCUCAGAUGGAGGCUGUGACGAGGGGCGCCAGAGCCGCGAGACGGGCAGUUUCGACGAGAGCAGCAUUGACGGAGGCGCCUCUGACGUAGAUGGCGGAGCCCCGAAUUCGAUCAGGCCAUCCACCUUGAGGCCCCCAACGUUGUCUGGGGAGGAGUUGAGCACCAAGAACUUAGCCUAUAGCGUGUUGGAAUAUAGUCUGAGUGGUGUUAGGGAUUUGGUGGAAGAUAUAUUUCACUUCAGAGAUUCUCAGUUCCAAAGUCGACUUGGCUCAAAGGAACUUAAAAAACAAAGCCUAAGUCGGCGCAGCUCAUCUUGUCCUUCUCUGAAUGAGCCUGUGGUACUUGUACGUGUGACUCCAUUGGAGGAUGGAGAUCACCAUAAGUCUAUGCAUGAUUUGGUAUCUGAGUUGAAGGAGCCAAGUCAGCACAUCAGUUCUGACCUCCUUUACAACAGUGGAUCAUUUAACAAAGAAGGAUCGUUUGAUAAGGGUAUACGUAUCUGUGUGAACGGUGUAACUGUGGACAGCUCUGAAGAUUUCCCUGUAACAACUGGGAGCCCUUCAAGGAACCUUCUGGACCCUGUUAGUCAGAAAGUUUCAAAGUAUGGACAUGAACAGGAAGACAUGCCGGAUUACAGAAGAUCAUGGCAACACUCAGAUGUGACUUCUGGUUCAUCAUUUGAUCGUAAAGAUCGUGCUCGGAUACUGGCCAUGACCGGGAAAAGUUUGAGCUUGACCAGUUUAGAGGGUGAUGAUGGAUCUGAAGAUGAGGAUGAGGAAGGCCACUACAAUGACCUGAACCACUACAACAAAGUCAUAAGCAUUCCAUCCCAGAGACCAGCCGAAGAUGCUCUCAGUAUAUCACCAGUUGAUUCUAAUGGAUCAAGUCCAUCUAGUCUAGGCUCAGGUCGUGAAAUGCCAGAUCCAGGUGUGGUAGGUCCUCAAAAGUCCACCAACGACCUACUUUUGUCUUCUCACAACACAAAAUCUUUAAGUGAUUUAACUAUAGCAUCAGAAUCUUCUGUAAAAUCAAUGGGUGAACCACUUCACCAGUCCAGCUUAGACAGUCAUCCCAUGUUACGUCAGUACCAGGCCAACAUGAGUCUUAGUGUUCCACAUUCCACUAUGACCAAGUCUCUCUCUACUCCAUCUAUACCCAACGCAAUGGAGAACUCAAGUGACACUUCCAAUAGAGAAAGACAAGGCAAACACCAUGAAGAACUCCAGUACUACUUCAAUGAGGAUUUUGAUGCUCAGUUUCAAAGACAGAAGGAAAUAGAGGAAGAGGAAGAAGAGGAUGGGACUCAUAAAAAGAAUGAUGAACAUUCACCCAAUGAGUCAGAUGAAAAGUCUGGCAAAUUGACCAGGAAAGAUGACAAAAAGAAAGCCAAAUCUAUAAAUGUCUUGUCCAGGCUCCACAACAGCUACAGAACCAGAAAAACUAAAGACAAGGACACCAAAGUGAAGGAGAGACAUCACUACGUGGCCAUCUCUAUCAGUAACUCCACGGUAUGUGAUGUCUGCCACAAGCCCAUGGCCAACAAGGCAGCACUCAAAUGUGAAAAUUGUCUCAUCAAUGUCCAUGAACAUAAUUGUAAGGACCACAUACUCCACUGUGAUAAAACCAGAAAUAAGGCUCUGUCUCGGGAGGGCUCAGCGCAUGGUCCCCAUAGCCCAACACAGAUGACCCAAGCUGGACAUAGCCCGACACCCACUGCCCAUGGCGGUGGCCAGGAGACCAAGCAGUUCGUCCCAUCAGGAACGUCCCUCAGGCCAACACAUUCUUUUAAAGACAAACGAACAGAGCCUGCACCAACAAAAACACAGCCAGGACAGUUACCUGCCCCAUCACUCCAACAGCAGCACAGGCACAGUAUGCCCAGCUUGUUUGGCAGCCCCCCCAACACAACCCUAAGUUUUCUUCAGUGGCCAGCUGCCAACAUGGGACGCUUCAAUGUCUUAGACAAAGCUAUUAGUGAGGAAUCAGAAGUGGACACCACUACAGUCAGUGUCACCUAUGGACCUAGCAAUAUGACAGAUACAAUAUCUGAAUCAAUGGAGUCAUUAGAUGGAGUUGUUCCAACAGAAACAUCUUGGUUAGAUGAGGAACCAGAGUUACAAUUGAACAUUGAGGAACGUGAAGCCUGGAGUGUGACUGUUGACAGGAAGGUGUUAAAAAAACUUGGGGCCAAAGAUAUUAAAAGACAAGAUACAAUUUGGGAAUUAAUAAACACAGAGAAACAAUAUGUGAAGAGGUUAAAAAUUAUGCAAAAGAUCUUCGCCCAGUCCAUGUUACAUGACCUGAACUUCACACCAGAUCAAGUGGACAGAUUAUUUCCUAAGCUAGAUGAACUUGUGGAGCUCCACUCCAAUUUCCUUAAAGAACUUCUUCUCCGACAAACCAAAAAUGAAGAUCGUUCUAUAGAUGACAUUGGAGAUCUGUUGAUCAAUCAGUUUGGCAGUAGCACAGCUCACAAGAUGAAAUCCGUGUAUGGAGUAUUUUGUUCUAAACAUACAGAAGCUAUGCAGUUGUAUAAAGAGUUUAUAAAAAUGGACAGGAAGUUUCAAAACUUUGCCAGAAAAUGUACCAACUUGCCUGUGUGUGAAAAGAGAGAUAUCUCAGAUUUCAUCCUUGGAGUCACUGUCCGGCUGUCCAAAUACCCAAUUUUGAUAGAAGCUGUACAUAAAGGAACUAAAGAUAAAAAAGAUCGUGAAAAUCUGAGUCAAGCGUUGCUGCUAUGUAAAGAAGUUGUCCAACAUGUGGAUAAAAAGGUCGCAGCCUAUGAAAAGCUGAUGGACAUACAGAGUAAACUGGACAACAGAGCCGUGAUUUAUAAAAAUAAAAAGUUCAAGCGUCAAGAUCUGAAUGCCGAUAAUAGGGAAUUAGUGCAUGCUGGGAAGAUUGGCUGGAAAAGUGCAAGAGGUCGUGUUUAUGAUGUUCUUGCUGUGGUAUUAACUGACCUGAUUGUGUUCCUACAAAAGAAUGAGCAGAAGUACACCUUUUUGAUGCUGGACAACAAGUCGUGUGUUAUACCGUUGUACCGUCUGCUGGUCAGAGAGAAACGUGAUGCUAAAGACAGUCUGGGUAUUUACAUGAUCAGCCAGAACAAAACCACACCAGAGAUGUAUGAGCUGGUCUGCCAGAGUACAGCACAGAGGGAGGAGUGGAUUAAGAUUCUACAGGAAGCCAUACGCCAGUGUCCACCAGAUGUGGAGCCUGAGCUGUGGCCAGCUACCAACCCAGCGGCUUCUGUCACUUCUCAGGAGGAAGAGAAGAAAAGGAGUGAUGAACAUGCAAACCAUAUCAAAAUUAUUUUAGAACAACUUCAUCAGAAGGAUGACGCUAUCAAAGAAUUCUGUGAUGAAAAAAAUAAAUUGAUCUUAGAACUGAGAGAGAUUUCAGCUCCUAAAAAUAAUGCUGGCUCAAGGCCAAACUCUCAAGAAAUGAUAUCAGGAACAGAAUCCAUGGAGAUUGUUCAUGCAGCAAUGCAGGAAGCUUCCCACCUGACCACCAUACUGCAAGGCUCUGGUACUCAGCUCAGUCGCAGUGUCAGCAGUGUUGGUGAGCACCACAGUAACACCUUCGUGGCCACCCCUGUACCUAAACGUGCUGAAACUUUUGCUGGUUUUGACAGUUCCCAUGAUUCCCCAAAAUUGAGUGAAAUGAAACAAAGAUUUAUCAACAAUGGAUUGGAAGGAGAAGAAGAUGGAUCCUGCAGUAUCCAGAGUCUGGAUCAGACUGAUGAACCAUGUCUUAGUGACAUACCUGAGGCAUCUCACACUGGCAAGGAUGUGGGCAUGACAGAGUUAAAAUUAAAUUCAUCUCCCUAUGCUGGACCUUACCUUCAUGGAGGCAAUGCGCACCUUUGGGAAGAGCAAGCUCAGUCGGAUCGAUCAAGUGACCGCGGAUCACUUGGUGAACUGUCGGCCGCCUCUGUUACCUCACUGAUUCCUUCCCCUAGCAACCAAGAGCAGAUGACCUCAAUCUUUCACUUAGUUCAAUACCUCAACAAGUUGAUGAACCUUACAGCCACACAGUGCACGAAAGUUGAAAGCCUAAGUGCUGAGUUGGCUGAGGCAAAGGAAGAAAUAGCCAAACUAUCUGCAGAUAUGCAACAGGGGAGGCGAUCAGUCUACAAGCAUGACCAGUUGGAAGAGUUGAGGAACCUUCAAGAAAACAUUAGCAGAGAAAGACAAGAAUGGGAAAGAACCAAGCUGUUUGAUAAGACUGUAUUGGAAAAAGAGAGAGAGAAAUUAGAGAUUGAAAGAAGAGAAAUAGAGAAGGAAAAGGCAGAUUUGCAUCUUCGUAAAGAGGCAUUUAAACGAGAGAAAGAAGCUCUGCAGCGUCAGAUUGACCUGAUGAAAGAGCAAGGUAUAUUGACCGGUGAACAGAUUGACCUGGACAAAAUGGAUAAAUUAAUCAGCCAGCAGCAGAGGCCCAUAAGUCAUACACGAUCAGCUUCGGCUGACUUCUACAGAACGGUCACAGUGAAUGAAGUGGAACAAUUAGCCUCUGGCGACUCAAAAAGUUUGUCAGGCAUGUCCAGACAAGCAAGAAAUUCAGUCAGCAGUGGUAUCAAUCAACCUAACACCUCAGUGCAGACUAGCAAGCAACCCACUUUGCCUGUGCACCUAUUAAGUGCUAGAAACGAACAAAGGGUCGGAGGCAGAAAUGUGCAACAUCUACCAUUACGUUUGGCUAAUAAUCCAGGCUCGAACAGUCCGCAGAGUGCCAUAUCAUUGUCAGCUUCAUACUCUGGUCAGCAGCCAUUGACCAGUCGAGCUGGCUCGACUUCUUUAAAUCGUGUUCAGUCCAUGUCUGCCUCAACUAAUCCCUACAGUGGUGACUCUAUCACUUCUAAAUUUAUGAAGAUGGCCGACCAUAAAGGCAAAAGCCCAUCUGUUAGCAAUGUAAACCAGGCUUCCCAUAAACCACCAGCCCCUCAACCUGGAGCAGCAUCUCAAAAGCCACAUGCAAACCUGACCAAUCAGACUCCUGCAACAGAAACGGAAGAAGACAAAGAUGCCAUCAUCUACUUCUAGUUCUUCUCUCUGAGAUCUGAUGGCUUCUCAAACUGCUGGACCUGGUAAGAACCAGAUCUGCAUCAAGUUUGCUUAAAUGUCCAGUUCAUUUGUAGCCUUCGACGGGUACCCAAGGUUGUGCUUCAUAUAUGCGUCAGUGACCUUACCGAUCAUCAUCAUCCAAGAAGUCAACAUUUGAUGUCAAGCAAGGAAAUAUUUAUUUGACGAAAGCCUUUGUGUACAUACAAUCUCAAAACAAAAAGUGUUGCCAACUCUGUUUUAUUAUAAUUUGUCAUUUCUGAAGUGUCUUUGAAGGGCGUGAAAUCUUCUCAUGUAGUUUUGUGUGUAAGUUAUUGUAAAGAUUCGUACACACAGACAGCAGUUAAUGUUAUUCUGUCAAUAGUUAAUAGCCUUCAAUGGACUUGUUGAAUCCAAGUCACAAACCAAAACCUUUCCAUUAGAUCCUAUACACUUCAAAGUCUUGUACUGAGGUUGGCACUGUUUCUGGUGUACUGAUGAAACCCCAUGUGUAACCCUGUGGUGACAGUUGAUCUACCAAAUCUACAUAUGUACAUACAUAGUUGUAAAACUUGGUUGUCCUUUCCAGAACAAGACUGUCACUAAUAUAGUAUCGAUUAAAUGUAGACUGUCCUGAAAAAUAAUACAAAUUUAUUUGACAUGUUUAAAUUUGAAAGCAUUUUUAAAAAAUAGCUUUUUAUUCUGGAAUGAGCAUCCUUCUUAAUAAUUUGUUUUAAAAAUUAAAAAAAUUAGUUUUAAUUAGCAAGAAAAAAAAAGGAAUAUAUAUAUCUUUAUUUUUAUAUAAUACAUUGCUGCUCAUAAGCAAUUCUAGUUGCCUGUAUCAGAUCUAAAUGAAUCAUUACAUUUUGUGCACUCGUCUAUGCUCUAAUGAUACCUAUGUUGUUAAUUAGUUUUUUAAACACAUUAUUUCUGACUCCUCUAGUAUAAAUCAUUGGAAGACAUAAGAACAUGAAUUACACAUGAACCAAUGACUAGAGACAACAUUGCUGUGUACAGGGUUUUUAUUCUAUAGGCAUGUGACUUGUUUUACAUUGUCCUGUGACAUGUCCUACAUUGUCAUGGUCCUCUGUGACAUGUCCUACAUUGUCCUGGUGCUCUGUGACAUGUCCUACAUUGUCCUGGUGCUCUGUAUAGUUUCUCGUUUGUCAAGGCUGUUGUAUUUAUUAUUGAACCUGCUAAUACCACUCAAAACGUAGCACAUUGCACCAUUCCACUUUUAGGGUUGAUAGAGGAAAGUUGCACCCAGUUCUCAAGCUUGGCUUAGUGCCUACUCUUUAAGAGAUCAACCAAGAGAAAAGGUUGAGAAGCACUGUUUUAGUCUAGAAACUUGCAUACUAACAGUUGUUAUUCUUUUUUUUUUUUUAACUUGAGAAUCCCUGAUUGGACGUUGUCAAUUGUUUUAUAUCCAAGUUUUAAUGUUCUGCAGUAUCUAGUUCAUGACCUUCAGUGACUUCUCGUGUUUCACUGAAGUGGAAAGCAGAGUCCUUUCUUCAGCGAUGACUUGUGUUUCACUGAAGUUAAAAGUCCAUUCAGAUUUUGUGGGUCCGUGAUUGAACAUUCCUUCUUUAGAGCUGUUGUUAUUGCCUUCCCCCCCCCCCUGGCGGCCAUGUUGUUGUCUCCACUGCCUCCAUGUUAAUGUAGCUGCUGCCAGUGUUACUUCAUUUUCAUGACCUAGUUGUGCAAUGGAAAUUGGAUCUUUAUUAUGUAAUCAAUAAAUUCCAUACAGUUA